AUGCCAGAAGCCGACACGUCAGUGCACCAUAGCAACUUAGACACAGCUAUCCUAAUCGAAUCAGUGCAAUAUAACUACUCCGAUAAAGUGAACUCACUUAUUGAAGAAGCAAAAACAAUUGGUACAACUAUCAGGAACAAACGAUUCCUGUUACCUGCUGAUCUCAGAGACCAAUUAACAACAACUCUGGAAGCUCUCCGAAAUUUGGCCCUCAGAGGACUGUCCUCCGUACCUUCAACAACUGAUGCGGAAGUUAACACAGAUCAGGAGUUAGCCACCUCACCACCCAUUGCCACACCUAUUCUGCCUACUUACAACAUCACGCGCACAUACGCUCAAGCGACCUCACAAUCCUAUAAGCACACUCUGCUUGUUUAUCCGAAAGAGGACACCAGAACAACCAGAAAGGAGCUCAAAGAGAAGCUGAGCGCACAGUUCCCACUUCCCUCAUUGGGCAUCAAAAUCGCGACAGUCCGUAACAUCCAGGAGGAAGGACUAGCAGUCGACUGUGCCACUAAAGAAGAUCUCGAAAAGCUCACCCAAGCACUCCAAAGUACACAGGGUCGAGAAAUCGUUAAAACGAGAUUGCCAAUCAUUAGACUCCCACGGGUAGCAAUCCACAUCGUCCCUCCUAAUAUCACUCAGGAGGAAAUAGAGCAAGCUAUUGGCUCAGAAUUUAAGAUCUCCAAAAGCAACGCCAAAGUCCUCUAUAGGUUAAAAGAUAGGGGCAAUGGCGUCAAGUGGAUCGUUGAAUGCCAACCCGCAGCUUUCCACACCAUCAUGCAAUCAUCAAGAUUGUAUCUCGGCUGGCGGGCAAUCACAAGAUCACAGAUUGCAAAUCCCAAAAGGCCACUUGCAUCAACUGUGCGGAUUACAACUACCGCACAAAAAGCAAAUCACCCUGCAACCACCCAGCCUACGAUGUCACCUGCCCAACUUAUGGACGGUACAUCAGCAGAAUUAAAUGCAAUACCACCUAUGGAUGAUUUACAGAAUUUCAGCAACGAUAUCCUCACAACAGCAAUCACAGACACUCCCAAGACAAAUGGACCAAUACGCUGUGCUCAGAUCAAUUUACAAAGAGCUCAAGCAGCUGCCUCCCAACUGGUCCAGCAUGUCAUCACCCACAACCUGGACCUCCUUCUCAUACAAGAACCAUACUGUAAAGAUCGUCGUGUAGCCAGCCUUCCAACAGCCUGGAAAAUUUUUCAAUCACAAGCAGGUACGAAUGAUCAAGCCCCCAGAGCAGUUAUCGCCUGUUGCAAUCCUUCUUGGUCCCCUCUCGUUAUCACACUCAAAAGAGACUACAUCGCCAUUUUACUCGUUUACAACAACAUACAAAUCAUCGCUGCCUCUGUUUACUCUUCCCCCACGGAAGACAUCAGCAACGCCAUCGUCAACAUACAGGAAACCAAGGAAAAGUAUCCUUUCACACCACUCCUCCUAGGUGGUGAUUUCAAUGCGCAUAACUCCAUAUGGGGUUACGCAGACACCACAAUGAAAGGAAAAGAACUCGAAGACUUCCUAGCAAUCCAAGACCUGCAGCUAUUGAACGCACCAAAUGCGCCACCAUCCUACGAUAGUACCUACGGAAAGGGCUGGCCGGAUCUCACCAUAUCUACAAGCAACAUAGCAUCCUUCAUCCAAAACUGGACCAUCUUAGACGAGGAAAGUGCUUCAGACCAUAAGUACAUCCAUUUUCAAGUAGACUGCGACACCUCCAUUACUAUCCUACGACGCUUUAAGUUACCAAGCAAUAAGAUUCGUCCCAUUACCCACACCUUCACUCGCUUACUCAGAGAAGAAGAAAAGUACAUUUACAACUUCAGCAGCCCGGACGGCAUGGAGCACUACACGAAUCAUCUGAUAGAAAGCUUACACGAAGCAUGCAAAAAUCACCUUCCUAUCCGUGUGGCCAAGAAAAUACAGGGUGUCAGCUGGUGGACCAAAGAGCUGAGGCAGCAAAGGCAAAAAUGCAGAGCCCUUCGACGACGUCUCCGCGCCACUAUUAACGAAGAAGAAAAGACACACCUACUCAUGACAUACCGUAAAGAGCGUGCAGCAUACAAAAAGAACAUCAUCACGGCUAAAGUCACCAGCUGGCGCACCUUCUGUACCAACAACAACAAUCCUUACGGGAUCCUACACAAAAUCUCGUCGAAUAAGAUUUUUAACCCGGCCCAGAUCCACGCACAACCCACCAUGGAUUCUACCACCAACAUCGUGCAGAGCACAGCUUCCACCAUUCUGGACACCGUCUUCUCAAACGAUGACCCAGAAGAGGACACGAUAGAACAACGAAAGGUUCGCAAUAACACCACCAUUCCUGCGACACCUCCCGAUGUACCCUUUAGCGAUAAAGAAAUCAAACAGCUGUUCCGUCACCUUCCUCGGAAAAAAUACGCCAGGACCUGA